AGUAAUAAUUUUGAUCAUGAAAAAUUUUUUCAAAAUAUUAUAUCAUUGAAAUUAUUAGCUCCUCUUGAUUGAGUUACGUCAAGACGAUGCUACGAGAUUUCGGCAUUCAAUUUAUACGAAAUAUUACAUGUAAUUUUUUUGAUAUUUGUUACGAAAUUAGAUAAAUAAAUCUCUGAGUUAAGUAUCUUUUAAAAAACGAUUAUUUGUUACUUCUUGUUGCUCUAUAAUCAAACGCGACGAAAAGGUCGGCGCAAAUAUCGAGUCGAAAUUCUCACGCAUUACUGACCGUGCGUUUUUCGCUUGCGUCUUUUUCAGGUAACGAGGUGUAUCUAGUGGCGAAGUUGCAGCCCCUCGACUUCAAGGAAAAGCACCCGUGCCCGAAGUGUAGCCGUAUCUUCGAGAAGAAAGGCAGCCUGAGCAGGCAUCUGUUGUACGAAUGCGGAAAGAGACCGCGUUUCAAAUGCCCGUACUGCGGAUAUUGUUGCAGCUUGCGCAGCAAUGUUUACAGACACGUGCGCAACAGUCACAAGAGGAGUGAAGUGUUUUUCUCAUAUGGGUUUCUACCGAAGAAGGAGGAGGAAAUGCACCAGCAAUCAUCAUGCGAAGUACCAGUGUCCCAACUGUCCCUGCAUCUUCGUGUGGAAGUGUACCCUGAGAAGGCACCUGCGCAACGAAUGUGGCAAGGACCCGCGUUUUAAAUGUCCCUACUGCGAUUAUUGUGGCAAGUGGAAGGCCAAUAUUACCAGACACAUCACAAGAGUGCACAAGAAUUGCUCUAAUUACGUAUUGAUUACCAAUUAGGAUUAACUUUCUUCUUUCGAUGCACGUUACCAUCUUUAAAAUGUGCUUCGGAAUAUUUUGGCACAGCUAUUAAACAAUUUAUUCCGUGAUAAUUACGUUAGAGUGAGGGAAGUACCCAGAGUAGCCAUGCGUGUCUGAACAAAAUCAUGUAAACCUGUGAUUGCUUAUGAUGAUACUAUGAGGCAACUUGUCAUAUAUUUGCUUCAAUUGGUUUCGAGUAAUUUGAAGCAACUCGCAGGCAACAUUGGAUAUAUGUAUUGCCAGCAAUUUAUCGGCAAGAGAGCAGCAUCAAAUUUACUUCGCGUUGCUAUCUGGGUACCUAUAAAUUUUUAAAACUUUAAUUUAAAAUUAUUUCAUUAUUGAGUUAUGAUUGUAUUAGAAAGAAAGUUUUACUUUUAUUUGCUUUGCUGCAAUUUUACUGUUCUAUGAAAGUUUUUCUUUCAAAAAUCAACGAAGAAUUAUGACGGAAAGGAAUAAAAUAAAAUUCUAAAUUAAUAUUUUCUUAACUAAAUUUUUGUGUAUAAUUAAAAUAUUUUGAAAAAUGUAAAGAAGAAAUACAUUAUUAUAAACACAUUAAUCAUUGACAUUUUGAAAUUUUUUACAAUUGCGUUUAUUACGAUUAAAGGAUUAGAGAACAAAGCUAUAUUUUAAAAAAAUUUAUAUAUAUGUAUAUUAUAUAUACACACGCCCACACACAUACACAUCUUGCGACUUCACGAUGCAUGUAAUUUAAGAUGUAAGAAUACCAAUAAAUUGCGAGUAUUCGAAAAUGCAA